AUGGCUGCAGCUGAAACGGUCCUGCCCUCCAUCAGUACACUGACCAACCUGGGCCAGUUCCUGGACACCCAGGAGGACUUCCUCAAGGUGGGCCAGCAUGGGGCAGGUACCUUGGUGCUUACCACUCAAGUAGUGCGCUCCCUCCCGCAGUGGUGCCGCCUCGACGAGACUCAGGAUUUGGGCCCGGGGCCCCCCAAUCCUACGGGGCCAUCCCUUCACAUGAGUCUGAAAACGGAGGACCCUCCCGGAGAAGAAGAGGAUGAUGAGAGGGACAUGAUCUGUGCCUGGGAUCCGGAUCUUUUCCUUACAAACUUUCCAGGUCUCGAGCCGCCCAGCACUCCCCGGACCUGUGCUCUGACGCCCAUCGGGGGCCCAGUGGCACAGUUCGCGCAGACCGAGUCUCUGGGCGCUUAUGCGGGUGGCCCAGGGAUGGUGACGGGGCCUUUAGGGUCUGAGGAGCAUCCGAGUUGGGCGCACCCCGCCCCACGAGUCCCAGCCCCUGAGCCCUUCGUGGCCCCUGCUAUGGCCCCAGGACCCGCGCCCAAGGCGCAGCCGGUCUUCUCCGAUUCUCGAGCGGUCUCAACAGGAGGCUUCUUCCCGCGGGCUGGGCUUACGGUGCCCGCAGCUCCCGGUGCCCCCUACGGGCUGCUGUCGGGGUACUCCGCGCUGUACCCCGCACCACAGUACCAAGGGCAUUUCCAGCUCUUUCGCGGGCUCGCGGCGCCUUCUGCUGGUCCCGCAGCGCCACCUUCUUUUCUGAAUUGUCUGGGACCCGCUGUAGUGGGCACCGAACUCGGGACCACCGUGCUCCCGGGAGACGCAGGCUUGUCCCCGGGAGCCGCGCCACCCAAGCGCAGCCGGCGAACUUUGGCACGAAAGAGGCAGGCAGCACACACCUGUGAGCACCCUGGCUGCGGAAAGAGCUACACUAAGAGCUCGCACCUGAAGGCGCACCUGCGCACGCACACCGGAGAGAAGCCCUACGCCUGCUCCUGGGAUGGCUGCGGCUGGAGAUUCGCUCGCUCUGACGAACUGACUCGCCACUACCGGAAGCACACUGGACAUCGCCCCUUCUGCUGUGGACUCUGCCCACGUGCUUUUUCACGCUCUGACCACCUAGCUUUGCACAUGAAGCGUCACCUCUGAGUGAUUCUGCACCGGGACUGGGGAUGAACUGAUUGCAUGCAAGGAUGGGCCAUCAUCGGACUCACGGCCUUACAGGCCUACCC